UGCGGAAGAGUCCAGUGAAGUCCUGCUGAGAGAGAUACAGGAUUUGCUCAUGUGCUGGUUGUGUCAGGUAGACUGUAGGUCUGUAAAGAGCUCUGCAGAAGUGCUGAGGUAGUGUAGUUUAUGAGUAGCUGACAGAUCGGUCAGUAGAGCGAGUGUAGGAGUGGUCAUGUCUGCAGUCGUGCUGUCUCUGUAUGUAGUGAGGAGGUUCUGUAACUCAGGAAGAAUGCAGGUUUGUUUUUAUCUGCUGCUUGUGCUCCAUGUUGCUGAAGGCUGCACACUGAAAGGCCAUGAUCAGUUAGAAACGAUUACUGCAUACUCAGGAGGGUCAGUAAUGCUGCCCUGCUACUGCACUGACCCACAAGACACACCUGAGACAUUCACCUGGAAGAACCUUACAACAAACAUAGACAUAUUGAAAGAGAUAUCCAGUGAGAGUGGUCAGUACAGAAACAGAGUUCAGCUGGUUAAUGGUCACUCUCCAGGAAAUCUCUCUCUACUCAUAUCACGCCUGACUGAAGAGGACGGAGGAGAUUACGGAUGUAAAGUUGAAGGUAGCAGGAACAAAGAUAUCCGACUCUCUAUUAAGGGCUGCACUCUGACCAACAAUACAGAACGAUUAGAUAUCACAGCACCUACAGGAGGGUCAGUACUGCUGCCCUGCUCCUGUGCUGAGCUACGUGCCAAACCUAAAACAUUAACCUGGAAGAAAUACAAUCAAAACAGUAAGAAGUGGGACAGCAUGCCCAUUGAAAGUGGUCAGUCCAGAAACAGAGUUCAGCUGGUUAAUGGUCACUCUCCAGGAAAUCUCUCUCUACUCAUAUCACACCUGACUGAAGAGGAUGGAGGAGAGUACAUGUGUGAUGCUAUGAAAAGUGGACUCACAUACAUCAAAUUCACUGUUGAAGUGGCUCCUCCACCAAAACCUACUCCAACACUUGACAGGACCAUUCAUCUGAAAACUUCAGCUGAACCUUCCACCACAACUUCUUCUCAGAAAGGAAAGUCACCCCUGAAUGAUGCUGCUGGUAUUGCAGAACCUCCACAGUCUCUGCCCUUCGUCCCCUUUGCCUUGGUGACUGUGAUCUUCCUCCACAUUAUAGUAGCUGUGGUUUAUCUCACCAAGAGAAACAAAGUGCUGGAUGCUGCUAAAAUUUUCUACAGCAAUUAUGAUGAAGAUGGAGCAGUGAGUCUACAGCAGAGAAUAAAACCAAUAGAGAGGAGCAGACCAGCUACUGACAACACAUCUUACCUGCUGACCAGCUACUGAUUUUCAUACAAGAUCAACAGACCAGCUACUGGUUUUCACAUCAGAUCAGUAGACCAGCUACUGGUUCACAUCAGAUCAACAGACCAGCUACUGGCUUUCACAUCAGAUCAACAGACCAGCUACUGACUUUCACAACAGAUCAACAGACCAGCUACUGACUUUCACAUCAGAUCAACAGACCAGCU